UUCACUUGCUUGGACUACACCACAUCCACUGGCCCCUGGACUGUGGUGUCCGGCACGAUAUCAUGGGGGGCCUGGAACCCUUCUGGCAGCUUCUACUCCUUCCUCUCCUUCUGACUGUGGCGGGUGUCAGUCCUGUCCAGGCUCAGAGUGGAUGCAACUGCACCCCCAUGAGCGCUGGGGUGCUAGCGGGGAUCGUGCUGGGGGACCUGGUGCUGACCCUGCUCAUUGCCCUGGCUGUGUACUCUCUGGGCCGACUGGUCCCUCGGGGGCGAAAGACCGCCCAAAUGGCCCGGAAGCAGCCCAUUACUGAGACAGAAUCACCUUAUCAGGAGCUCCAAGGCACAAGGUCAGACAUCUACAGCGACCUCAACACGCAGCGGCAGCCAUAUUACAAAUGAGUCCAAAUUACACCUCUCAACAACCUGAUGCCUGGAUCCAGCCACUUCUGAUGCCCACACAACACCUCAUUUCUACUCCUACUGGGAUACAGAUCCACAGAGUGCCCUCCCUGAGCUACCAGAUCUCUCCUCAAUAUUGCCCCCAAAUAAACAAUGGAGCACAAAA